UCACUCCCGCAAAGCAAAAAAGACCACAAUUUGGCGGGAAAAUCUUUAUCCCCAAAUUAAAACAACUAGGGUUUACUUCCAUUUUCAAUUAAGCCAUCUAACCAAAAAAAUUCACUAACUUGAUCUAUACCCAAUUCAAUUAAGCUUCCAAAAAUUCAUUUUCUGCAUUGAAAAAAAUGAGUAAAGAAGAAAAUAAUCAACAUCAAGUCACAAGAAGAACAACAAGAUUAUCAUCAUCAUCUUUAUCAUCUUGUACAAACAAACCUGUAAACCUUGCACCUUUGACACUUGCUGAUCUUGUGUUUAAAAAUCCCAUAAAUUUUGAUGAUUUGAUUUCCGCUUUGCCCGGAAGAAAAAACCAAAUUCUUGAAAUUUUACGCCUUUUGGGUCCUGUGAAUUGCCCGGUUUCCCCGUUGUUUGUUUACGGUGGGUCGUCUACGGGUAAAACGAGUACCGUCCUAGAGGUUUUUCGAUACUUGAAUAGGCCAUAUGUGUAUUCUAGUUGCAGGACUUUUUACAAUGCACGCCAACUGUUUGAGAAUAUACUUAACCAGUUGUUGUUACAUAGGAAAUGCGAAAAUAAUGGGUACUCGAGUGCGAAAAAAUGCGAAAAGCAGAGUGAUUUUGUUAAUCUUUUGAAAGGUGGAUUGUUGGGUGUUGUUGAUAAGUUGAAAAAGAAGGAAGGAGUUAGUGGAAGUAUGGUUUAUUUGGUUUUCGAUAGUUUGGAGCUCGUUAGAGAUUGGGAUAAAAGCGGUACUAUAUUGCCUCUGUUGUUUAAGCUUCAUGAUAUUUUGAAGCUUAAUGAUGUGGGUUUUGUUUUUAUUAGUAGCUCGUCGCUUGAUACUUAUCAUUCGGAUACUGGUUUUGUUGAUCCUAUACCUGUUUAUUUCCCUGAUUAUACUGAAGAGGAUCUUAGGCAAAUAUUUAUGAGAAAUCAACCGAAUUUAAAACUGCGUUCGGCUUUUCUUGACGUGGUGUUGAAGCCUUUUUGUCGAGUAACGAGAAGGCUUGAUGAGUUAUCUACUGCUUUAUCACCAUUAUUCAAGAAAUAUUGCGAGCCAUUAGAUGAUUUGAGUGUUGUCCCUAAUGAAGAAAUAAAGAGAAAGUUGUUUAGUUAUUUUCAGCCUCAUGUUGCUCCUGCUCUGAAUGAGAUAUUCAGAGUCACAUCUCAGGCAUCUGUAGUGGCAGGAGGCAAAGACAAAUUAAAAAAGAUGAAACUUGGAGCUUCUGAUUCUAUUGAUGAGAUAAACUUCCAUAUGUCUACUUCUGCAAAAUAUCUUCUCAUCUCUGCAUUUAUUGCGUCAAGAAAUCCGGCAACCCUUGAUGCAUCAUUGUUUGAUUCAACUGGAGGUCCGGCCAAUCAAAAAAGGAAGAGAAAGAGCUCUGAAAAGUCAAUGGAUUUGAAGGAGGCUGCAGAGCAAGAGCAGUUUAUGAAAGGUCCUGGAACUUUUCCAUUAGAGAGGUUGCUAGCUAUAUUUCAGUGUAUCACAUCAGUUGAAGAAUAUUCACUUGAAGAAGAAUCACAAGGAGAAACAAGUUCAGGUGGUGAUGGCGGAGAAAACCGUCUUAUGUCUGACAUUCUCUUGCAAGUAUCAAGUCUUUGCAGUGCUAAUUUUAUAACCAAAGGUGGAAGCUGUCCGCUGGAAGGUUCAACUCGAUACCGGUCAACGGUUAGCGAGGAUUUGGCCUUAAAAGUGGCAAGGAGCCUGAAGUUCCCGCUUUCUAAGUAUUUGUACAGAAGAUAGUAUGCUACAAGAGGAUGCUCUGGUUAAUUUGUUUGCAUCAAAGGUCAGCAAUAGUACUAUGAGUUUUAUGUAUCACUUUAUGAAAUUAUAUGAACAAUUAUCUCUUUGUAUCGUUCGCUACAAAGCAUGCCCUAAUUAUCUUUAGAAAAGCUACAAUUUCCAUGA